UCAUUUGUAUUGUUACUGUAGGGAGUUAGUGUCGGUACCAUCAAAACAAAGGCAAAUGUGUGUUGUGUUCAGUUUCCCCUUGAUUUUGCGCAUUUCCUUGCAUUUGGUUCAGCAGAUCAUCAAUUAUAUUACUAUGAUCUUCGCAACAUGAAAGAGCCUCUUUGUACAUUAGUUGGACAUAAUAGGACAGUGAGCUACAUCAAAUUUGUAGACUCCGUUAGCUUAGCCUCUGCAUCCACAGAUAACACUUUGAAGCUUUGGGAUUUGUCCAACUGUGCAUCUCGGGUUAUAGAUUCACCGGUUCAAUCAUUCACUGGUCACAAGAAUAUUAAGAACUUCGUGGGGUUGUCUGUAUCAGACGGUUACAUUGCUACUGGUUCGGAGACAAACGAGGUGUUCAUAUAUCACAAGGCUUUCCCCAUGCCAGCAUUGUCCUUCAAAUUUUAUAGUAGUGACCCAUUGCCUCUGGAUGAAGCGAAUGAUCCUUCUAAGUUCAUCACUUCUGUUUGUUGGCGUGGUCAGUCGACAACCUUAAUUGCUGCAAACUCCACAGGGAAUGUCAAAAUUCUGCAGAUGGUUUAAGUGGUGUUUGUUGGAAAUAAUUAUACAAAUAUUUGUACAUGAGCUGACAGAUAACUGUUCUAGCAACUGAGCUUUGUGUUGGGAAUAUAGGCUACACAGAAGUCUAUACGAAUUUCAUGAUUUAGUUAUAAAAUUUAUUUUUCUCUAGAUCAGAGUGAUUUGAGAGAGAAAAUAAGUGGGAAUGAUCUCUUCAAGUGUAUUAUUCUAUAUGGAACAAACGAAAAGUGGAAAUAUAAAUUAGGUUGUCUUUUUUGUUGUGCUA